CGCGUUUGUAAAAGGCCGUGGCAGGCGAAGAGAGAGGAGGUAUCUACCCAAGAGAAAUGAAGACAUUUGUCUACACAAAGACUUGCAUGUUAAUGUUCUCGACAGUGUUCGUGAUAGCCCUGAAGUGGAAACAAUCCAAGUAUCUGUAAGGUGGUAAAUGGAUAAACAAAAUGAUAUAACCAUACAAUGGAAUACUGUUCAGCAAUAUAAAGGAAUGCAGUACUGAUAUGUGCUACAAUGUGGUCGCACCUUGAAAGCAUCAUGUUGAAUGAAAGAAGGCAGACAUAAAAGGCCACAUAUCGUAUGAUUCCAUCUAUAUGAAGUGUCCAGAAAAGACUGCCAAGGUCUCCACUUAGGGCAGUGGGAAUCUUUGACUGUGGAACAUUGGACAUGAACUUUGCCAUUGGCUGGUUGAGAAGGAGAAGGCAGAAUGUCUGCAUUGUUACACCACAGAGCUCAAACUUCAGAAGACUUUGAGUUAAGCAGUGUCAUUUACUAUGCACAUGAUUAUGUCUUCGUCUGUCCUAUAUGAUCAUCACAAACUAAUGAAGCACCUUUUAGGUCUUAUGAAUUUAGGUUACACUUUUUCUGGAUGCUCUGGCAACUGAUAGAGGACCUGUGAAAAAUGGAACCAAACUCUCUAAGGACAAAAGUCCCAGCUUUCUUAUCUGAUUUGGGGAAGGCCACAUUGAGGGGAAUCAGGAAGUGUCCCCGCUGUGGCACAUACAAUGGAACCCGGGGACUGAGCUGUAAGAACAAGACAUGUGGAACCAUCUUCCGGUAUGGCGCGCGGAAGCAGCCUAGUGUUGAAGCUGUCAAAAUCAUAACAGGCUCUGAUCUGCAAGUCUACUCGGUGCGGCAAAGAGACCGGGGCCCUGAUUACCGAUGCUUUGUGGAGCUAGGUGUUUCAGAGACGACCAUCCAGACAGUGGAUGGGACGAUCAUCACUCAGCUGAGCUCUGGACGGUGUUAUGUCCCCGCAUGCUUGAAAGCUGCCACCCAGGGUGUUGUGGAAAACCAGUGCCAGCACAUCAAGCUGGCCGUGAACUGCCGGGCAGAGGCCACCCCUCUGACGCUAAAGAGCUCGGUCCUGAAUGCAGUGCAGGCCUCCCCAGAAACCAAGCAAACCAUCUGGCAGUUGGCCACGGAACCCACAGGUCCCCUUGUACAGAGGAUUACUAAGAACAUUUUGGUGGUGAAAUGCAAGGCAAGCCAGAAGCAUAGUUUGGGGUAUUUGCAUACAUCAUUUGUGCAGAAAAUCAGUGCCAAAAGCUUGCCUGAGCGCCGUUUCUUCUGCUCCUGCCAGACUCUGAAAUCACAGAAGUCGAAUGCCUCCAAGGAUGAGGCGGUCCAGAGAUGCAUUCAUUUCUUUGCUUGCAUCUGUGCCUUUGCCAGUGACGAGACAUUGGCUCAGGAAUUCUCAGACUUCCUGAAUUUUGAUUCCAGCGGUCUAAAGGAGGUUAUUGUGCCCCAGCUAGGUUGCCAUUCAGAAUCAACAGUAUCAGCUUGUGAGUCUACUGCCUCUAAGCCAAAGAAGAGGAAAAAGGAGGAAGUAUCUGGCUGUAGUCAGCUGUUAGAUGAGGCACAAGUGACCUUAUCCUUCCAAGACUGGCUGGCCAGUGUCACAGAACGCAUCCAUCAAACCAUGCACUAUCAGUUUGAUGGCAAACCAGAGCCACUGGUGUUCCACAUUCCUCAGUCCUUUUUUGAUGCCCUGCAACAGAGAAUAUCCAUAGGAAGUGCAAAAAAACGGCUUCCCAACUCUACCACAGCUUUUGUUCGCAAAGAUGCUUUGCCACUGGGAACCUUUUCCAAGUAUACCUGGCAUAUCACGAAUAUCCUGCAAGUUAAACAAAUCUUAGAUACCCCAGAGAUGCCUUUGGAAAUCACCCGGAGUUUUAUCCAGAACCGGGAUGGGACUUACGAGCUGUUUAAAUGCCCUAAAGUAGAAGUAGAGAGCAUAGCAGAAACCUACGGUCGUAUAGAAAAGCAACCAGUGCUGCGACCCUUGGAACUAAAAACUUUUCUCAAAGUUGGCAACACUUCCCCAGAUCAAAAGGAGCCAACACCUUUCAUCAUUGAGUGGAUCCCAGAUAUUCUUCCCCAAUCCAAGAUUGGCGAGCUGCGGAUCAAGUUUGAGUAUGGUCACCACCGCAAUGGGCACGUGGCGGAGUACCAAGAACAGCGGCCCCCCCUGGACCAGCCCUUGGAACUGGCCCCUCUGACCACCAUCACUUUCCCUUGAGGCAAAACAAAAGAGUCUUUCGCUGCUAAAUUUGCACAUCCCCACCCUUUGACAACUUUAAAUACUAGUUAGGCACUUAGAUGGCUCUGUUCCUUACUGAACUACUCUUAGCUAAGAUGCGGUUUCUCAACACAUUCAAGUGGAUUCUGUUGAAGAAAAACUCUUCUUGUACAUAGCCCUUUUGGUGCUGCUGUGUAUAGUCUUCAUUAUAAAUUGGGUGGUAUUCCUGGCUAGUUUUUAAAGGAACAAAAAGAAAACCAGCCCACAUACCUUCUCGAAGAACUCACCUUUAGAGUUUGUUUCAACCUUUUCCUAAUUCUCUAAGAAGUUCGCAGCACUUGCCUUACACCAGCAGUGUUGGAAAGUUAGUAAUACCCUGCUUAGGGCAGAAUGUUGAAGAUCAUCCUGGCAGAAUUCCAGUCAUGCCCUUUUAUUCUCUUCUCAAAGCACAGUGUCACUAGUUUUUCCAAAUUAUAUCUCAUGUUGGCCUAAUUAUAAAAUUAUAAACCUUUCGGGAGAUUUAGGUGAUAGUAAAACAGGAAAAAGAGAUCCAGGUGUCAAGGCAGUAUUUGAGAUUUCAAACUAAUGCUUGUAAUUGCUUGUUUACUUGAUUUUUAUUUCCUUCUUUACUCUCCAAAAAGUUUAACAGGUGGUAAAAUUCAAUUCCUGUUUUUUAAUUCAUUGAUCACAGAAUGGAGAUACUGAAAGAUACAGAAUGAAAGCCUGCCUUUAAGGAGAAAAAAGGGAAUCAACAUUUCCUGUUUGCCUACUACAUUCCAGGCAUUUUCAUUUAGAUUCUCAUUUGAUAAUUUUUCUCAUUUAGUCCUCAUCAUUCUUUGAGUUUAGCCAUCACCCCUUCUUUUAUAAAUUUAAACAGUCUCUUUGAGAUUAAGUAUC